AUGGCAACAGAUGCAACAACUUUUCCUGAAGGAAACGCAGAAGCUGAAUUAAAUCCUGGCCAAAACCAGAGUUUGCAAGUAGAUCCUGUUUCUUCAGAGAUAGCUUCUGAAAAGAUACAACAAAACUUAGAAAGGAUGGAAAAUGCAAAGGCAAAAAGAGACGCCACGCAAACGCUGAGAAAGACGAUCAUAAUAUCCGCAGUGAUCGUGGCCGUAGCGGGAGCAGCCUUCGCUAUCACCAAGAAAAUGAAAGAGAAAUGA